GAAACUGUACAACAACAACAACAACAACAAGAAGAGAUUUUUCUGUGUGAAAAUAUUGUGAAACUCUACAACAACAACAACAACAACAACAAUAAAUUCAGUAUAAUCGCAUAUAGUGGGGUCUGGGGAGGGCAGUAUGUACGCAGCCUUACCUCUACCUUGUGGAGAUCGAGAAACUGUUUCUAAUAUAUCCUCGACUCAGAGAAGUAUAAGCACCACGUUAAAAAAAAGAAAAACAAGAAGCGCAACAACGAGAAACCAUAUAAAAGCAAACACAAACUAACUAGUAUUUCAUAACCAACUAGUGGAUAUUGGUGCAUUAAGAAAAAAGAGACAUUAUAAAAGAGGAAUCCAAUUGGCUACUGCCAACCAACUAGUAUUUCAUAACCAACAACUAGUUUUCAUUAUCAUCCCAUAUAUCUAAUAGCAACGAAAAAAGGAGCAGCUCUGUGCAUAAAGAAUUCUGCAUUCACACAAGGUCUAGUGAAGGGCCGUAUCUUAAGGGGUAUGAUGUAGACAGGUUAAUUGAGUUAAAUCUGGACGGGUCAAAUCAAUAAACAGGGUCAUAACUUAAUCCAUCAGAAGUAUGAUUGUGUGGAUAUAAUAACCCAAACUCGUCCAAUAUGAGCUCACCUCUCCCUUUUUAUUUUCCAAAGUAAUUUUCAUCUCAAAAUUGAUUUUGUAUGCCUAGGUUUGGGAUGGAUUUUGACCCGUCUGUAUCCAUUUUGACCCGUUAUUCUGACAGGUCAUUUCUAAUUCCAUCAAGUGAAUAGACAGUAAUAACUCAGCAAGUAGAAUCGUCUAUUGUUUCUAGUGGUCAUCAUUAAUAGCACCAGAAACAAAUUCUAAAGAUACAGGAUAGCAGGAGUCCCAAGCAGAAGGAAUUAGAUAGAUGCAGUUAUUCUGUACUUCAAUUCAUAUGUUUGGUGGCUAAUACCUAAAGUGAAGGUUCUCUAAGUACAUUCAUUUUCAAAUCGUAAUGUCUAAGGAAUUGGUGAUAGAACCGAAAAUUUCUCCUCAAUGUACAGACUUUUUCUUGUCUAAAGGAACUUUCACGGUUUGAGGAAGAUAUGUUAGGUGUGAUGAUGAUAUGAGUUAAGCUUAAGUAUAGAUGUGAGAACUCAUAUCGCAUUAUCACCGAUCCCAACUUGUUUGGGACUAAGUUGUAAAAUUCCUUAUUAUUAUGAAGAUACUGUGGAUUAAUGUCAUUGUAACACUAUCUGAUCCAAAAGACUUAACCUAGGAUUGCUCGUAGGUUACAAGGUGUCAAGUCUCGGUCCAUGAGACCGAGCCUAGAUGUAGCCCACCACAUGGUGAACCAGGUAACAAAAGCCACAACCGGAAUGAAAGGUAGCACACCUAAGAAAAUUAGUUGAUCUGGUACAUCAAAUGCACGCUACUAAGUCCAUUCCGAUCCUGUUUAAACCUCAGGUUGUUUUGACAAGUUUUAAAUUUUAGUGCAGGCAAGGAAGCAUCAUUUUCAAUUAUUACUUGUUGGAUCGGAGCGUAGAUGAGCGAGCAGAGCCAAGGAAAGAGAUAGAGCAAUCAACUAGAAGUAGAGGACUGUUUGCCUGAGAGAAGGCACAGUAAUAUGCUACAUAAUUGAUGGAGAUAUAUAAUUUUCCACGUCAGUAGUUAAGUGGUGUAUAAAGUGCCUUUGGAUAAAUCAAGUACCUGCCAUUCUACUGUUAAGUAUAGAGGAAGGAGAGCUAGAUGGCGUAGCCCUGUAAUGAGAUCCGGUGGCCGGAGAGAACUAUCAAAGACGUGUGAUUACACGUCUGGAAAAUGGGUCUUUGAUAACACUUCACAUCCACUGUAUAACGAAACUGAUUGUCCAUAUAUGUCAGAUCAAGUAGCUUGCCAAAAAUAUGGAAGGUCUGAUCUGGAUUACCAGUAUUGGAGAUGGCAGCCUCACAACUGCAAUUUGAAGAGGUGGAAUUCGACUGAAAUGUGGAAGAAAUUAAGAGGGAAAAGACUAAUGUUUGUAGGCGAUUCACUGAAUAGAGGACAAUGGUUAUCGAUGGUGUGUCUGAUGCAAUCUGUUAUUCCGGCUGAGAAGCAGUUCAUGACACAACAGGAUCACCUCACCAGUUUUAGAGCAGAGGAUUACAAUGCCAGCAUAGAGUUCCUUUGGGCACCAUUUCUUGUCGAAUCAAAUUCUGAUGAGCCAAUGGGUCACAGAUUGCCUGAGAAAAUACUGCGUCCUGACUCAAAUCUUAGGCAUUCAUCGCAUUGGAUUCAUGCUGAUAUAUUGGUCUUUAAUUCAUAUCUUUGGUGGAGAAAGGGCUCUGUUAAGCUAUUAUGGAGCUCAGAAGAAAAUGGAGUUUGUGAAGAAAUAGAUGGAUUGAGUGGCAUGGAGUUGGCCAUGGACGCGUGGGCCAAUUGGGUAGAAUCCAGUGUUGAUCCCAUGAAGAAGAAGGUCUUUUUCGUUACGAUGUCUCCUACACAUUCAUUGAAACAAGAAUGGGAACCAGGAAAAAGAGGAAACUGUUAUGGCGAGAAGCUCCCCAUCAGGAACCAAACCAGGGAAACUAACGUCGACUUGCCCACAACGCUGAUGGUGGAAAAAGUACUAGCUAGGUUGGGCUCAAAGGUCUCCGUUCUCAACAUCACACGCCUUACAGCAUACAGGAAAGAUGGGCACCCUAGCAUUUAUCGCAAAUUUUAUGGUAUACUCUCCCCUGAGGAAUUAGCAAACCCUGCAAGUUACUCGGAUUGCAUCCACUGGUGCUUGCCAGGGGUGUCUGAUGUAUGGAAUGAGCUGCUAUUUCAAUUUUUUUGACACGGAGGCUAGCCCGAUUAAGGAUUUUAAGGCCGUAAGCAAAGAAUACUACUGCACCCACGAGUACUAUUUUGUGACAGUUUGUGCAAAUUUGUGAGUGUGAGUGUGUGACCGGUUCGCGACAGGACUUGUUGUAACUGAUCCUUCAGCUAUCAAAGUUUAUGCAUAGAGCACAAUGUACAUCUGAAAAGCAUGUGAUUUUUGUUGUUCAUAGUGAAAAUUAGUGAGGGCACCAAUUGCCCAAUGAAGAGAG